AUGUCGACGCUCGGCAUCGAGGUCGCCACGACGGUGGAGCCCAUGGAGACGGACUACAUCGUCGUCGAGGGCGCCGAGUCGACGGACGCGCUGGGCGCGGCGAUCUGCCAAUCGUCGCUCACGAUCCGCAUGGAGCGCGACGGCGCCGAGCUGGCGAAGCCGCUCGAGCUCACCCUCAAGAUGACGCCGGACACGAUCGAGCCCGUCUUCAGCGGCGCGAGUUGGGCGGGGACCGUGCUCUGGCGCGCGGCCGCGCGCCUCGUCGACCGCGCGCUGCUGGCGCCCGGCGCGCCCGUGAGCGUCGCGGGCCGGAGCGUCGUCGAGCUCGGCGCCGGGCUGGGCGUGCCGGGCAUGGUCUGCGCGCGCCUCGGCGCAGCGCCUGUCGCGCUCACGGAGCAGGCGUCGCUCGUCGACCUGCUCGAGCGCAACGUCGCGGCGAACUUCGCGCCGGAGGCGGCGAAGACCAUCGACUGCCGCGAGCUCUUCUGGUCCCGGGAGAAGGCGCGCGAGCUCCGGGACGAGCUCCUCGGCGGCGCGCCCGUCGACGUGAUCCUCUGCUGCGACUGCGUCUACGUGCCCCUCUACGGCGACUGCUGGAUCCAACUGCUCGAGGCCAUCGACGCGCUCGCGGGCCCGACCUCCGACGUCCUCAUCGCCGUCGAGCGGCGCCACGUCCGCGACGGCGACGACGGCGUCGACGCGUUCCUCGCGGGCAUGGCCGCGAACGGCUUCGCCGCGAGCGAGCUCGCGACGGCCGCGCCCGUCGUCAUGGCGGAGUCGCGGCGGCUGGCCCAGCGCCAGAUCCAGCAGCGCAACGAGGCCAACGCGGCGGCCUGGGCGCGGGCGCACCCGAACACGCCGCCGCCCCGGCCGAAGACGCGGUUCCUCUUCUUCGAGUGGGACGCCUUCGACCUGUUCUGCUGCGCGCCCCAGGCCUGCGCCCUCCACCUCGAGGACCCCCUGGAGGCCGCCGAGUACGACGACUACGACGACUACGACGACGCACGCGCGGGCGGCGUGCUCCUCGACGUCGAGAUCGACAAGCGCCAGGGCCUGGGCGGCUCCGUGCACACGAUCCAGCUCGAGGCGCGGCUGGAGGAGGACGUGCCGGCCAUAUCGCCCGCGACGUCGGACCUGGGGCGGCCGCGGGACAACGCGAAGCGGCUCAGCGGCACGUGGGACGACGAUCUGUACGACCGCGCGGGGGGCCUCGAGCGGAACCUCGAGGUCUUCGUCGAGGAUUUGGACGAGGGCAGCCGCGCGCCGACGGUGGCGCUGACGCGCGACGCGCCGCGCACGCCCGAGCCGCGCCACGCGGCGGUGGACGUCGGCACGCCCGUGACGGCGUCGCGGCGCGCGUCGUCGACGAAGCGCGCGACGAAGACGGGCCACGAGGUCAUGGUGCUCGUGCGCGACCCCGUGGCGUCGGCGGGGCCGCCGCCCGUCGACGACGACGCGCCGCCGCCGCCGCCGCCGCGGCUCCCCGCGGCCGCGGAGCCGGAGCCGGCCGCGGAGCCGGAGCCGGACGCGCCGGCGACGCCCGCGCGCGAGCCCGCGCCCGACGACGUCCACGACGCCGCGGGGCUCGUGGAGGAGCUGGAGCGCGUCGACGGCGACUUCAAGCGCUUCCGCCGGCUCUCGCGCGCGGUCGUGAGCCCGGGGUUCUCCUUGUCGUGCCGCGACCUGCCGGCGGUGCUCGACCUCUUCGACCUCAGCUACAACAAGAUCAAGGCCGUCUGCAAACUCCACGCCAAGCUCGACGACAAGGAGGACGCCUUCGACGAGACCCUCGAGGCCCUCUUCGACGGCGCGAGCAAGGGCAUGAACUGCGACCGGGUCCGCGGCGAGCUCGGCCUCCCGAAGAAGGGCCGGGGCGGCGCGGCCUGA